AAAAACAGAUAAGGGGCGUGCGGUUAACCUUAUUUCCAUAACAAAUAAGUUACACUGCUAAACCUUGUCAAGUACUGUGGAAAAAUUAGUUUUUCAAAACGAGCUUAAUACAACGAAAAAGUACAUGAUGAACAAAAAAUUACGAGCACUUAUUGGACCUUCUAUUCUCAACUCGGACUUAUCAAAAUUGUACGAAGAAUCUCAAAAGUUGCUGGAUAAUGGUGCGGAUUACUUGCAUUUGGAUGUGAUGGACGGACACUUCGUCCCGAAUUUGACCUUUGGUCAUCCUGUAGUUAAAUGCCUUCGCUCAAAAAUCAAAGAAGCCUUCUUUGAAACUCAUAUGAUGGUUUCUCAACCUGAACAGUGGAUCGUACCUAUGGCAGAGGCAGGAGUAAAUCAAUACACUUUUCACAUCGAACCAAUAACAAAUGUUGAGGAAAUCUGCAGAAAGAUAAAAGAAAAUGGAAUGCAGGUAGGUCUGGCUAUUAAACCUGGCACACCAGUGUCGGAAGUGGAGAAAUAUAUCUCAAUAGCUGAUAUGGUUUUGAUAAUGACUGUGGAGCCAGGCUUUGGGGGACAGAAAUUCAUGGAGAACCAGAUGCUAAAAGUGCAGCACUUGAGAAAACACUACCCUUUGCUGAAUAUUGAGGUUGAUGGUGGUGUUGGACCUUCUACUAUUGAAUGUUGUGCUAAUGCCGGAGCAAACAUGAUAGUCUCUGGAACAGCUGUCAUUGGAGCUCAAGAUCAAGCAAACACAAUCAAUUUACUCAGGACCACAGUUCAACAAAUCAUAGACAAACAAUAACAUAUACAUAUUGAUGGCCCCAUUGAAUAAAUGUGCAAUAAACAUAAUAAAAUAAAUGUGUAGUAAUACACAUUCAUUUGGUGGGGCCACCAACAUGUAUUUUAUAUUAUUGUAUACUAUUGUUAACAUUCCUUACAAAAUACUGUUAAUGGGUGUCAAAAAUAUAUUUUUGCA